UGUGACCGAGGGUAGGGUAAGAUGGCGCUGUCCACUAAGGCCUGGAGCCUGGUACGGCUGGCCCUCAGCGCCCUGCCUUCGGCUCGGAGGGCGCAGCGCAGCUCUAGAUUUUUGCCUUUUCUGCCUGCUUCUACGCCGCUUCCCUGUGCUAGGUGCUAUAGUUUUGAGCAUGACCCCCGGCAAUCCAGCAAGAAGGUGGUGGUGGUCGGUAUUCCCAACCCUUUCACCUGGGCCCGUACAAAGAUGUAUUUCUUCUUGAUCAAGGCUUAUUUCGACCAGGACUUCACCUUCGAUGAGUUUGCUACUGGUGCUAAACAAGCUUUUGUACAUGUGUCAAAGAUGCUAUCACAGUGUAACUUCAUUGAAUUGAAGGAUCUUGUAUCCAAAGAGGCACUGGAAGAGCUGGAAGAAAAAUGCUUAGCAUUGCCAAUUAAUCGCAGGCAGGCCUUAGCUGCUGAUCUGGAAGAAAUUAUGUAUAGCACACCAGGCGAUGUUGGAAUUUAUUAUGAUAACCAAGGUAGAAAAUUUGUCAGUAUCAUAAUGCGUUACUGGUACCUGACCAAUGUUGACCUUCCUGAUGAGACACCAGAGGGAACUAAAGUGUUUCAAGUCGUAUUUGGUGAUGAAAGUAGCAAAGACAGCAAACGCCUUCUCACAGCAAAUUAUGAAUUUCGUCGAGAAUUUACACUAGGUGUAGAACCUGACUGGACCAUUACAAGGAUACAGCAUUUUAAACUAUUGGAGUAAUUCUGCUGAAAAUACUACUGUAAGGAUGUCGCUAUGUUUUUCACAAUCAAUAAUACAGAUUUAUUUGAUUGAAUUCCUUUUGAAUAGAGGUUGUAUUUAAAUGUAAAAUUAAAGCAUAUUGUUAUUCAUCUCAACUUAAUGGCAUCUUCCUUGCCAAGUUGAUGAAUGUUUGAGACAAUGUGGAAAACAUUUAUGACUUCCACCAUUUGAAAGGCAGUUGUGAUUUUUUUUAAAGAUUAUUGUGAGUCAAUGUUCUCAGCAGACAGAUUUAAUGUUUUUUACAUGUAGCAGCUUGGAGAAAGCUGAUGCAAGUUUUCAGUAGAUAGAUACAGCAAAAUGGGAUGACUGAGGGUGUGGGGAGAACCAGAAAACAUGGCGGGGGAAGUACAUAUAGAAUUCAUAUAAAAUCUUCAGAACUGUGGCUAAAAUCUUUAAAUUAUGUUCCAUUAACUUAACGAUAGUAGUGGUGGCAUCCGUUAGUCUCGCGAGACCAUGCAUCUGCACCUGGAAAGGUUCUCCAGGGCGUAGAACUAGGUAAGGUUGUAGGGAAGACCAGCAGUUACCCAUGCAACAAGUCUCCCCUCUCCGUGACAUCGAUGUUGUCCAAGGGAAAGGCAAGGGCCGAUACAGCUAGGCACCAGUGUAUUACAUGUUAAUGAGAUUACAAGACAGUUGUAUAGAUUCAGAAAACUAAGCAGUCUGUCUUAGCUCUUUCUCUCAGGAUGUCUUGUACUUGCCUGGUCAUCUCCGAUUUUGUGGACUCUGACAACCCACACUCAUUUGUCAAACACACAUUAUUUACUUGUGCACAAGUGGAACAGCUCAGCUCCUAUCACUGGGCUGCUUUGAAGUUACAACCCAGGAUUGCCAACUUUUACACAGGUAUCAAUCCAAUAGAAAAUUUGUGCACUUCUGUAUCCUAUAAUUUGCAUAUUUAAAUACCAGUUGUAAUACACAUUUCAGGUGUUAAUAACCAAUAGAACUAUGCAUUAAAGACCAAUAAUACUUGAGAAUUUUUAAAGUAACUGUACAAUAGCAAGUAAAUGCCAUCAAGCUUUCCCUAUUUUGUCUGGAUAUAUCUGGCGGCCUUGGACAAAGAAGAUGUGCCAAGUUUUCUUGGUCCAGGUUUUGCUUGACUAGUCAGAUUUAGCUAGGUGAUUGUGCAAUGUCUGCACAUUGCCUCUGUCAGCACAUGAUCUUGCUGUAGGCUCCAACUUCUUAAUUGUUGCUAUGGUUUCUUCCAGUACCUUUUUCAAGCAUUGUCAAUGUCCAUUGUGCUUUGCAUGUGGAAAAAGAACUUUCUGAUAAUGAUUCUGAACUUGCCAGUGAAUCACAAUCAAUCUUCCAUUGUUCUGUAUGUCAUUUCCUGGCGAUCUAAAGUCAUGUCUGAUAUGCUUGCUUUCUUAUAAUUUUGAUAACAAAAAUCAGUCGUGAGGUUCUUUCCUGAAUUUCUAGUUUUUUUGAAUGACUCCCUUAUCUUGUUUACCAGAACUGGACAGAGUAGUCUUAAGAUGUGAUCUGAACAGAAUGAUGAGCAAUCUGAACAAUAGCUUUCUCUGGCUUUUAUUCCAUUACUUUGUCUUUCUAAUUCAAAAUCGUAUUGUCAUGCAUCUGUUGUUCUAAAUUAAUUGCUUAUAUUUAGUUUUGGAUCUGUUCAAUUCUAAUGUUCCUUUCAAAUAUAUCCAUAAACAUUUCAAUAAUUUCUGGGGAGUAUAUUUAUUACCUUUAUUUUUCUUAUGUGCAGUAACUUUCAUCUAUCUAUGCUAAAUUCUAUCUCCUCAUUUCAACUUACUAUUUUGUGUAUGUUCUUUUCUGUCUGAGACAGCCAUUUUUUCCACAAAAUUGGAUUAAUAGUGUAAUUCAGGAAUUGUGAACAAAUAUUCUCAAUAUUACUUGUUUCGAAGGUUUGGUUUCUGCAUGUAUUGGCUCCACAGGCAAUAACUGACCUCAAACAGGUUCAAUAUGUUAAAGUGUUUGAUUCUGUUUCCACCAAUGCAAUCUUUCAGCACCGACAGAGACCACUUGGUAAUCUGAUGGGAGCCACAUGCUUUUCCUUUCCAGCAAAUGGAAAGUCAGUCAAUGCAUCCAAGUGUCAUGCAGCUAAAUUGCAGCCAUCACACAGUCUGGAGUCUUGGAUUGCAGUGCUGUUUUCACAGUAGUCUGUGCACUUACCAGCUGAAUAAUUGGAGAACUUGUUUUCUUGAUACUUUUAAUUGAGGUUAGAUGUUCUGCCAAUCUCAGUAGUGCCAGACUGUCUAUUGAUUCUAGUUUAAAUAUAACACAAGGACAUGUCUAUAAUAUGCAGUACUAAUCUUCAAAGGGGUGCAAUUUUAUUGAAAUACCAUCUGAUAAAUUUUGGUACACAGUGUGCUUGUCAUAAACGUUCUGUAACAUUUUGAAUUAGUAUUGUUUUUUGCAUUGAUAUUUUAAUAAACUAGGUCACAUGACUAAGUUCUACUCUUUUUCUUCACAAAUCAUCUAAUUGAUUCUUAAAUACGUUUAGAAUCAUGAUCUUGGCAACUUGCUUUUGGCAGCUCACUCGAGGUGUUGAACAUUCUCCACAAAACUGGUACAAAACCAUUUGCUGUUCACUAUGUCACUAUGUUAGAGGUGUUACAGUUCAUGUUUACUAGCCUAAUUAUUUAGUUCUUGUUGCAUAUGUAAGCAGAAACUGAGUAAUUUUUCUACAAGAAAUGGAGAAAAAGUUGGAAGAAUUAAUUUCCGAUUCACAUUCUACUGCACCCUUUUAAGGAAAAAAAAAGUGAAUUGUGGUACGGUGCACUGCUCUGUUCCCUUAAAGACAAUUUGAAUUAUAAGUGUGCCAUGCUAGGUACUCCAAAAUAUAGAGAUAAUUUAUUUUGCUGACCGAACAGGAAUAAUACACUUGCACUUUAAAAUUAUUUGAAAUAUUUUUGCCUUAAGAAUUAUACACACGGCACACCCAUAUUAUAAUUAAUAUUAGUUGCUGAUGCAAUUUGAUUCCCUUCUGUUAACUCACAUUUCUCGUAAUGGAAGUAUUAUAGUGAGGAAAGACUAUACUUUUAGUGCAGCAGCUGAUUUGCAGAGAUCCCAUGAAACUCUAACCUCUUCCUUUGCUUGCAGUGCAGCACGACUAGUAAACUCUGUAGUUUGAAUACUGGGGUUUAUUUUUGUACGCAGUUAAAGAUAACUCACAUCAUUUGCAAAAAAUAAGGAAAAUGUAAUUAAAAUUUUAAAAGGUGGUUUGAAUGAGAUAAUUUGUUAUCUUUCAACUCUCAGUGCAUCUCCUGUUGGAACCAGGGAUGUGUUCUCUUCAGCCCUUCAGUAACACUUCUUCCCGCUCCCCCCGCCCCCUGCCCCCCCCCCCCAAUUUCACAAUUGGAAAAUUUCUGUGUUUGAUUAAAUGAUGUGCUUUCCUAAUAAAGCUGUUUUUAGAGCAGGGGUUCCCAUCCUGGGGUUUACGCCCCCCCCCCUUGGUUAAUGGCAUUAAAAAAAGGUUGGGACCCACUGUCUUCUGGUGGGUGGAAAAAUGUGGCAUGGGAGGGAAAAGAUCAUGCUGCUCUCUCAGAAAAGAUUAUGGAAUUGAAGGAACCCUGUUCAAAAGGAGAUGGUUAGAACUGAGCUGCCCAUGCCUUGCAGUUUGACAAGAGGUAAACUUAGUAUAACAGCUGAAAUGAGUUGAUUUUAGGAAAUGAAACACUUUUCUGGAAUUUUUAUAGCAAUGAAUUCUGAUACUCUUCUGGUACUAGCUUCACUGUAAUUGUAACAAUUACAGGACGUGGUAAGAUCACUAUAUUUAUAUCACAAUUAAGGGUAUGGAAGGAUGCCAUUAUAUAUGCUGAAAAAGCAGAAUGCAAAUCUCAUUAAACACGUUUUUUUUUCUGUAACUUUGGCAGUGUUUUGUAGGAUUUUGAAAAGGUGAAAGUUAAAAUUUUGUUCAAAAUUAUUAAUGAUGAAAA